CUCAAGGACGUAAAUUUACUAUUUUACAAAUCGUUGAUAGACAGUGAUUUGUCGGUAACUAUAUUCGAAACUUAUUUCCAGCUGCGACUCUCUGCGCAUAGUAGAAUACUGUAAUCUGCGAUUUAUUAAUGGAGAUGAAAAUUCGAGACUUGACUUGAUAAUUAUUUAGUCAGCCGCAAGUUCCACGAUUCUUCGAAGAAUGUUUGACCUUCCUCCAGUUUUUCUAGUUCAUGUAUAAAUUCUUUCUGUUAUUCUCACCUACGAGGUUCAUCAUAGUGUGGUUUUCGUUGGCCAUAAAAAUGUUUCAAAUCCGUUUUUUGCCAGAAGCUGCUUUUAAAACAUUCUUAAUGUUCGAUCGACGUUUAAUUGCUAGUUUGUUGCACAUUAUCAUAGUUGCUUUAGUGUUGGAAUUGCUGAAAAACAUUUCUCCAUAUCUCAUUACAAGUGUGCAUUCUCAAUUAUCGCAGUUUACCUUUCUGCUGUUCUUGUCUCAUUUUACUUAUGACUUCGUAAAAAGUGCAUACCUGCCUGAAAAGGUGGAUCCGGAAAAUAAAGCCGUAUUCAUCACAGGAUGCGAUACAGGAUUUGGUCAUCAUUUAGCGCGGAGACUUGAUUCUAGAGGUUUCCAUGUGUUUGCCAGUUGCCUUUUUCCAGACGGUGAAGGAGCUGAAACACUCAAAGAAAACUGUUCUGACCGCUUACAGAUAAUAGGACUUGAUGUUACAAAAGAUGACAGCGUAGCAGAAGCCUUCAAGUUUGUGAAGAAACAUUUAGCAUCUUGCGAUUUAUUGGCAGUUGUAAACAAUGCUGGAAUACAGAAAGGAUUUGACGCGGAAUUCUCUUCAAUGACAGACUUCAAAGAUACCAUGGAAGUAAAUGCUUUUGGCGCAGUUCGAGUUACGAAAGCAUUUCUCCCGCUAUUACAAAACUGCAAUGGUCGAAUAAUUAACGUAACUAGUCUUGCUGGCAGAAUAUCUCAUGCAAGAAUUUGUCCAUACACCAUGAGCAAAUAUGCUGUUACGGGAUUCACAGAAUGUAUCCGACAAGAGAUGGAAGUUUGGGGUUUACAAUUCAUUGCAGUUGAACCUGAACUAUUUUUAACACCGAUUGCAGAAGAAAAAUUUGUGAUGCAGCGUCUAGAAGCUUCACUAUCCAGUUUAGACAACGAUAUUAAAACAAAAUAUGGCGAUGAGUAUUUCCAUAAAUACAGCAAGUUUAUAAAAGAAAUGGGGAAAUUAGGAUGCAGAAAUAUAGACCCUGUUAUCGACGCACUAGAAUUGGCAGUCAGUCUAAAAUACCCUGAUUCUACAUACAAGCCAAGACGGAAUUGUGGGACAAGGAUUUUCUUAUACUUUUGUCAAAUUAUGCCGCAAAAGCUCUUGGAUAUCAUAACAUGUUUCAUUUUUUAUGCAAGUGGUCUUCCAACUCCAAAAGAACGAAAACAUUCUUAAAAUUACUAGAGAACUAUAAAUCGAACUUACAUUUAAAAAUAACAAGAAAAUGAAUAAGAAGCAUUUUUGUAUUGUCUUUGCAUUUCUCUUAUCUGUCUAUAUAUAAUAAUAAUAAAGCGUUGAUACUAAUUAAAAACUAAUUGUCCUUA